CAGAAUAUGAUGAUUGACACGCGUUGCAGCCAAUCAAAAGAAGUGUUGAGUUUGGAGGGGCGGGGAAACGAGCAAGUGCACCUGAGAAACACAUGGGACACACAGCUCACUCCUCCAGAGACCCUCGCAAGAUACAGAUCAACCUGAAGCUGCAGUGGGAUCCACAGAGACCAGAUUUGAGAUACACACCUGAAAGAGACUGACAGAGAGUAAUGGCCACAGAUGCAGUGCAGGAGCUCCGGCAGCAGUGCCUCAACAGGGGUGCGGCGGGAAUCAAGGGUCUGGGAAGGACGUUUCGCAUUAUGGACGAUGAUGGCAGUAAAUCUCUGGACUUCCAGGAGUUCCAGAAGGGGCUGGAGAACUACGGCGUGUCCGUGGGGAAGGACAAAGCACAACAGAUCUUCACCAUAAUGGAUAAGGAUGGAAGCGGCACCAUCAACUUUGAUGAGUUUCUUGAGAAACUAAGGCCGCCCAUGUCGAGCGUACGCAAACAGGUGAUCAGUCAGGCGUUCCAGAAGCUUGAUAAGACAGGAGACGGCGUUGUGACCAUAGAAGAUCUACAGGGUGUUUACAACAGCAAACAUCACCCCAAACACAAGAGCGGAGAGUGGACAGAAGAACAAGUCUUCCGCUCGUUCCUGGACAGCUUCGACUCUCCACACGACAAGGAUGGAAAGGUGACGCUGGAGGAGUUUGUGAACUAUUACAGCGGGGUCAGUGCCUCCAUUGACAGCGACGAGUAUUUCAUCACCAUGAUGAAGAACGCAUGGAAGCUGUAGUCAUCAUCGGACACGUUCGCUCAGAAAUCCCGUUUCAAUCUAUAGUCUUUGGUUUCAAUGCGUUCUAUUUGUCAUUAGAAAUAACAGUGAAAUGGUGCAGACUGUAAAAUAUUUACUUGUAGAAAUCAUGUCUAAUUAAAGGUAUUUGAUUGCUA